AUGGCUAUUUUUGACUGUUCGUCGUUCCCUCCUUCUAUGUUCGUGUCGUGUGCAAACCCUUCCAUAGACUAGGAAGAGCAUCCCGUUUUUGGCGCAUUCGAUUAUCAGUGGUUGUAGUGUCUUGAGACUCCACAGCUACCGCACGACUCGACCAGGUCAACGACAUCAAAAUGCCUUUCAAGCCAGUUGAAAACCCAAAAUGCCCCAAAUGCGGCAAAUCCGUAUAUGCUGCCGAAGAACGUGUUGCUGGAGGAUAUAAAUACCACAAAUCCUGCUUCAAAUGCGGAAUGUGCCAGAAAUUCCUCGACUCUACCAACUGCGCAGAGCACGAAUCUGAGCUCUACUGCAAAAACUGCCACGGCAGAAAAUACGGACCUAAAGGUUACGGAUUUGGUGGUGGAGCAGGAUGUUUGAGCAUGGACACUGGUGCCCACCUUCAAGGCGACGAAGAAAUUGUCACAUCUAGAGCCCCCUUACUCCCCAAAGCUAUUGCUAAAGCACCCGAAGGCGAAGGUUGUCCAAGAUGCGGAGGUUUUGUUUACGCUGCUGAGCAAAUGCUGGCCAGAGGAAGAGCUUUCCACAAGUCCUGUUUCAAGUGUGCUGACUGUACCAAGGGUUUAGAUUCUGUGAACGUCACUGAAGGUCCUGACAAGGAGAUCUACUGUAAAGUUUGUUAUGGUAAGAGAUUUGGACCAAAAGGAUAUGGUUACGGCCAAGGUGGUGGAACCCUCCAAAGCGAAUGCUAUUCUGUUGGAGGGAUUGGACAUGCUGGAGGCUUAUUCCUUGGACUUAUGUCUGACGCUUUGGACAUAGAUUGCCAGAGCGAUGCUGCACCAAAAACCACCGUUAUUGACACUGCCUCCAUCAUGGCUAAGCCUGGUCAGGGUUGCCCAAGGUGCGGUGGGGUAGUCUUCGCCGCUGAAGAAGUGCUCGCCCGAGGAAGACCAUGGCACAGAAAGUGUUUCAAAUGCAAAGACUGCACCAAAACACUGGACUCUAUCAUCGCAUGCGACGGUCCUGACAGAGAUGUUUACUGUAAAACUUGCUACGGUAAAAAGUGGGGACCUCACGGUUAUGGAUUUGCUUGUGGAUCUGGAUUCCUUCAAACUGAUGGUUUGAGUGAAGAAGAAAUAUCCGCGUCCCGUCCAUUCUACAAUCCAGAUACUACAUCUAUCAAAGCCCCUCCCGGUCAAGGUUGUCCAAGAUGCGGUGGAAUGGUAUUUGCUGCUGAACAACAAUUAGCAAAGGGAACCAUGUGGCACAAAAAAUGCUUCAACUGCGCCGAAUGUCACCGCCCUCUAGAUUCAGUCCUAGCUUGCGAUGGCCCCGACAAAGAAAUCCAUUGCAAAGCCUGCUACGGUAAAUUGUUCGGCCCCAAAGGUUUUGGCUUCGGGCACACACCAACCCUAGUCUCAGUUGACGGCUCAGCCCCUCAUAUGUACAGCGAUGCUAAGCCAAACAGCGGUCCGAAAGCCAGAGAUCCACGCCAAGGUUGCCGUAGAUGCGGUUAUGCUGUAUUUGCUGCAGAGCAAAUGAUCAGCAAGAACGGUCUAUGGCAUAGACGAUGCUUCAGCUGCGCUGAAUGCUCCAGGUCCUUGGAUUCCACCAACAUGAACGACGCACCUAACGGUGAAAUCUACUGCAAGGGCUGCUACGGCAGGAACUUUGGACCGCGUGGAGUUGGUUUCGGCAUGGGCGCUGGAGCUUUAACCAUGGCCUAAGCUGACGCAACAAAAUCUUAAUCAAUACAUUAUCCCAUUUUGCAACAGAGAUCUCAUUAAGAGGGCCCCCUCUCCCUCCACUUGAGGUGCUCAACACUAUGCCCUAUAAGUCGAAAUUUCCCCCUCUAAUUUCAACCGAUAGGGCCAGAACGCAAAAAAAGAUUCUGGUACUGUUAGGUACCUACGACGUCAAAGAACUAAGUACCUAAAAGUAUAUUUGAUUGAGACUGUCCCAUGAGCUUUUUUAGCAGUGUACUUAAUGCUGUUUUACGCAUGAUUUUUGAUAACUGAUUUUUGUAAAGAAAAUAGAUAAUACUUAUUCCAUUUUGAAGAAGGUUUGAAGAACAUGAAAAGAAGUCGUGACCUGUUGAAAUUAAGCUAAGACUUUCUCGAACGAACAAGAUUGACCUGAGAAUUUUUGUAUAUAUCUACAUCGGCCAAUUUUUGUUGGUCUAUCUUAGCUUCGCGCUUUGCUACAUGGUUUUACAAUAUAUUGAUACAAUAAUUGAUUCAUUUUACAGUGGAGAUUAUACUCAUGAGGUAUUUUUGUUUAGUUUUAAUCAUUAUCAUGUAAUACGAAAUUGAAGCAAUAAAAAUUAGGAAACUAAA